AUGACCUUCCACAUCCUGCAGACAGAACUCUCAAAUUUAAUACAAGAAUCGAAGCGGAAGAAUUCUGAUCUCAAAAAUGUAGCUGAGCAGUCCUUGACAGAGCUGAAGGGUUUACCGUCAACUUCGGAAGCCCAGCUAGCGGCAGACUUGCUUCGAAAACCCCAUUUUGUAAAACCUUUUGUGAUUGCUUGUCAAACCCGUCAUGCUCGACUUGCUGCAAUCGGGGUGGUCGGUGUCCAGAGGCUGGUGGCCUCCCGGGCGCUACCACCAGAACGACUCAGGGAUGUUCUCAAUGCUCUUCAAGAGACAACGAAUUUAGGUCUCGAUGUCCAACUUAAAGUGCUUCAGACAUUAGGCUCGCUGUUUCAAUAUUAUGCGAUCAGCUUGAGUGGACCGCUUCUUGCAACUUCUUUGGAAUUGUGCGCCACCAUACAGAACAGUAAAACCGUAUCUGUUGCGAAUACAGCUGCAGCCACACUGCAACAGCUCGUAGUUUCUGUCUUUGAUAAGGUCUCUAAAAUGGACGCGACGGUAGAUUCAGUUCCCAGUGCUACGGUGACUGUCGAUGAACAGCAGAUUCGCAUAUCUUCUGCCAGUUAUGAUGCGCUGCGGAUUUUGGAUGAUCUCUGCCGUAUCAUUGAAGGAGAAAAAUUAGGAUUUCUCAAUAUCAAGUCGCUUUCAAAGAUUUUCGUUCUUGAGCUAAUCGAAAGUAUCCUGGUUAACAGUGGUGAUGUUUUCGCUAAACAUCCAGAACAAAUUCAGGUGCUCCGCAACCGGUUGAUGCCACUGACCGUGAGGCACUUUUCCGAACGGUAUAGCUUUCCUCUGACAGUCCGUGUGGCAAGGAUAUUACUCCUUCUACUUAGAGGGUAUCUACCACAGUUGAUUACGGAAUGCGAGAUGGCAUUAGGGCUUCUGAUCCAUUUGCUUGAUGCUGAUGCUGCAGUACCCUGGAAACGCGUUAUCUGUAUGGAGAUAUUCAGAGCGUUAUAUUCUGACCCGGGACUUAUUAGGGUUAUUUACGUACUGUUUGACGGCCAAGAAGGUCGCAGGGAUAUCGUCCGUGAUCAUAUGGCUUGUCUGGUGAGGCUAGCUUCAGAAAAACCGUCACUUAUUGGUGUUAGUCAUCAGUCAACUUUACCAACGGGUAUCUCGAAUUCAAGAAAUACUAUGGACGAGCAAGUUGCUCUUGAGACUGUCACUGUUGCUGGCGUUAUUGGAGGCCCAGCCACAAAUGAGAAUAUGUGUGGUAUCAGCAGCCAAUGGAGCCUUGUUCGUACGCCGUACCUCGAAACGUUAGACAAAAUCGAGAACCCAAUGCCUCCAGAGACCUAUAUUUACAGCCUUGUUCUUAAUUGCAUAAGUGCAUUUUCGGAGAGCGUUGCAAAAUUCAUCCUGCCAUUGACAGUUCCGGAAUCUAAAAGCAAACGAAAACGUAGGGAGUUCACCUCGAAUAAAGAGAGUGACGUCUCAGAACUUCAGCAUAGUAACUCUAGCACAUUUUCGAAGAGAUCAGCUGUUCCGCUAAACCCUUUAGACCUCAAAACCCACCCCCAGAUCGAUGACAUUAAUGCAAUCAUGAGCAUGAUUGAUUCCUGCUGGCCCGCUAUUCUUGCGACUUGUUCGACAUUCUUAUAUGCCGCGCUGGACGAAGAGUUCUAUCACAAUCUGGUCAGAGCCUUCCAGAAGUUAACUCAUGUUGCUGGUCUAUUGAGGUUAUCCACUCCACGAGAUACAUUUCUCACUACUCUUGGGAAGGCCGCUGUCCCAGUCGGUCCCGUUGCUAUCAACACGCUUCACAGGUCCCCUAGUGUUACUUCCCAAGCCUCUCUUACUGCCGAAUCGCCUCUACAGAAGUCCCAAACUACUCCUGAUGCACUCGCUCCACCAGCAGAUAACAGUUCUGCUACUCUUAGCACUCGUAAAUUAUUGUGUUUGCGGGCCUUACUUAACCUUGGAAUAGCACUGGGUCCUACUUUGGACCAGGCUGCAUGGUCAAUAAUACUUGAAACGCUUCAGCAUGCAGAGUUGAUCAUCAGCGUUUCCAGCAUCGCAACCCCUAAGCCUACAUCUGCGAAUCAGACCAGUGAUUUCAACGCUACCCCUUCCUUAGAGCCUUCCAAAGCUGGUUUUGGAACCGAAAUCAUGGCUGUCGAAGCUGCAGCGACUAAAAUGUUUGAGAGCACUGGAGAGUAUCAUAGCACCUCAUUCAAGGACAUUUUAAUUGCCCUCUUACGUCUAUCCGAAGAGACAAACAAGGGUAUUCCGGAUACCACCCCUGAGGAUCUUCCUAUAUCCACACAGUCUACGGCACAUUCUAAGCCCAUAGGGCGCAUUCAUCAAAACAAACGCUCUCUUUCUAUCGCUCUGGGAAAGUCGAGAAUUCAAGAUGAUGAGUUGAAAUUUGUCUUAACAAAAGUGAAUGAGUUGGCCAAAGCCAAUAUUGAACGACUAGCCCUCCCCAAAGACGAAGCAGGGAUUUGGCACAUUUUAGUUGAGGAUCUCGUAUCUAUCACUCGAAAUAGCCAAAUCAAUCAGUCCCUGCGUUCGAAUGCGAGCCAGGUUCUUGACAACGUUGUAUUCAACUCAAUAAAGCUCGGAAACUCUGACGAUCCAAACUUACGAAAUCUCGUUCAACUUCGGGGCUUGCAUGCUUUGGAAAUUCAGAUCUCAGCUUUAUAUGACAUAAGUCAGACUGCGAAGUCUUCACAACGCGCAUCCGAUUUUGAAGUACAUGAACUUGCACUCGAGACGCUAAAAUCUAUUCUGGAGGAGUGUGGAGAAUCGUUGGUUGCCGGAUGGGACUUGGUGUUUGAUCUGAUAUCAAGUGUAUUUGAUAAACCGCAGUUACUGCUAGAGAACGGGAGCAAACCCGCUUCUUCCCAACUUACCCAUAGGAUUAAGGGUAAUUUAACUGUGAAGUCUCCAAAGCUUGUCAGAACAGCAUAUAGCUCGCUUCAGCUUGUUGCUUCCGACUUCCUUAACCUGCUACCAUCCCCCUGUCUCUUAGAGUUGGUUAGAGCUUUUGCGAACUUUGCGUCACAGAUGGAGGAUUUCAAUAUCUCGCUUACUUCCACAACGACCUUUUGGAACCUUUCUGAUUUUCUACGAAGUCAAAUUGAUAAGUUCUCUAUUGAAAGUCAUAUGGAAGUUUCUUCGAGCGAGGAGACGUUGACCACGCUAGCCAAGAGCUCAGAUCUCUCAAUUUCUAGAAAUUCAUUGUGGCUGCUCCUCCUUCUACAUCUUGUUGGUUUAAGUACUGACAACCGGGCGGAAAUUCGAAAUACUGCAAUUCAGACCUCCUUGCGAAUUUUCGAUGCGUACGGCCAUCAACUCCCACCAAAAGCCUGGCAUCUCUGUUUGAACAAGGUUCUUUUUGCUAUGACAGACUCGGUACAGAAGGAAAUUUUGAGAGUGUCGCAGGGAUCGGAAGGUCGUGAUUCUGUCGAACUUAAAGCAUGGAUAGAGACCGUUGUGGUUCUGACAAAAGGAUUGUCUAGCUUAAUUGCUGCGUACUUCGAUACCAUUAUCCAGUAUGAGGGCUUUAUUCAAUCGUGGAACCGACUAUUGGAAUAUUUCGCCACUAUAAUCAAGGUUAAACUACUUGAGUUGGACGAAUCUAUCUUCUCAAGUUUUUCGGAAGUUCUCUCUCGAAUACAAGGCUAUGAAGACAUCGGCCUCGAACCUAUGCAAUCUGCGUGGGCUGUCUGGACUGAUGGCCACCCGAUCAAAGGAGAUGAUCAACCAAAUUUAGAUAUGUUAAAUCAAAAUACUUUGAUAGCAUAUCUCAAUUGUUUCAAGCAGCUAUAUCGGCUCCUGAAGAAUACAUUAACGGAAUCACAUAUUGACCAAGUCCUCAAUAAUAUACAAAUUUCCAUCUGGGGAUCAGUGUCAUCCCACUACACUCCAGACGUUGAUCACCAGUCAGAGUUGCAGGCGCUUUCUAUGGAAUGCUUGAAGACAAUGUGUUUAGAGAGGACUUCCUCUCAACCAGCUCUUGUUGGGUGCCUUGCUGAAUUUUCGGACUGCGCGUUAACAAAGUGGUCACCGGCUCAAGAUAAAAGAAGGCCAACCUUUGUGGCAUUCUCAAAGUCUGCAAUGCGACUGCUAGGGUGGUAUAUAGUGGAACAUGGCAUUCUCAUUGAUAUUUUCUCAGGUGGCACAUUGGCCAGAGCGCUUGAACACCUGGCUAACCAGAUAACCCAUAAAUAUAACUGGAAUGGAAGAGACCAGGACCCCGUUUUAUGGCGGGUGGCGACGACCGUUUCCCUCGAUAUUCUUCAAGUCUCUAUCCCAUACAUCGAGAAGCAACAUGCUAAUUCUAAUCAAGAAGAACUAGAUAGGUUCUGGAGUUGUGUCGUUGACAUUUCUAGGGGGAUUGUUUCAGCCCAUAAUUACAAUAAAUUGAAUGUGCAGCCCAAUGCAGUGUACGAAGAUGAAGAAUUCGACAUAACAUCUUUCUCCCGCCUCCGAAACGUGGUCAUACCAUCACUAGGCUCCUCUUUGAUACCGGAUAGAGUACGACGCGAUUUUGCCUGUGCGCUUUUCAACUCAUCGUUUCUCUAUCCUCCACAGCACCACGAUUUACCCCUUGGAGGAGUCGAAACGGAGCCGCUGCGUGACUUGUAUAAAAUCCGUAUGGGCCGCACCUACGAUCCAGCGCCAACUCUCCGAUCAAAAAUGUCUUAUGUGCUAAUCGACACGCUCUUUGGCCUUGCAUCAACACGCACAAGCAGUUCCCUUCCCCCUAAAUCACCGCCAUCCGAAUCUUCAUCAAGAGCCACACACCAAGGCAGGACAGAUCCUUAUAUAUCCCUCGCAAAAUCCGUUUCUCCCUAUCUAAUCCUCCGUUGCGCGAUAUCUCUAAAAUCCUACAUCGCCGACCAACCGCUACGUGGACUCAUGCCGCAACCGACUCCAGCACGAAAGGAGCUGUUAUAUCUACUCCGUCGACUAGUUGAGUUGAGAAGUGAACCAAGUGUAAUUCCCGAUGCGGGUCCUGCUAUUCCCUUGGGAUGUGGCAAGACGCUCAGCGUUGGUGGUGUUAAAUCAUCGAUGUUCAAGAAACAUCUUGGAUGGAUAUAUCCGCUCGUCGUACGGGGGAUGGGAGUUGCUGGAAAGGAGAGAGAAGAUAGUAGCGUUUUAGAUGCGUUGGGACGGGCGUUGGCAUCUCUUUCGGGGGAUGGAGGGGAAGAAGAAGAAGAAGAUGAAGAAGAAGAUGAUGAUGAUGGGGAUGGGGAUGAUGGGGAUGGGGAUGAUGGGGAUGGGGAUGGGGGUGAUAGUGACGGAGAGGCUGUAGACAAAGGAAAUGAUUGA